AUGAUCUGCUUCAGCUGUUGGCUGGAGAUCGUGCCGAUCGCCGCUAUUGCGUCAGCACUACUGACGUACGUGUACUGCACGCGCUACUACGGGCACUGGACGGCGCUGGGCGUGCCGCACACCAAGCCCGCACCGUUGCUGGGCCACUUCGCCGGGCCCACGAUGGGCCGCGAGUCGGGCACUAUCACCGUGGACAAGCUCUACCGGCGGUUCACCGGCCACCGGUACUUCGGGGUGUACCAGCUCCGGCACCCAAUGCUGGUGUUGCGCGACCCAGUGCUGGUACACGCGGUGCUGGCCACAGAGUUCAGUUCGUUCCACGACCGGAUGAUGAGCCGGACGUCGUUUGAACACGACGGGCUAUUCAACAGCCUAGUGAACCUAAGAGGCGACAAGUGGAAAGCCGUCCGGGCCAAGUUGAGUCCCACGUUCACCGUGGCUAAGCUCAAAGCCAUGUUCGCCAGUUUACACGUGUGCACCGGCCAACUCGCAGACAAACUUCUGCUCCUGACUUCCGGUGGCCAAGGUAUUGUUAAUGUCACCGAUAUAUCAUCAAAAUUUACGAUAGACACAAUUGGAAGGUGUGCUUUUGGGAUAAAUUGCAAUACAUUGUUUGACUCAAAUACAGAAUUUCAACGAGCUGGACAGGCGGUCUUUACACCCACGCGGAAAUCGUCUGUGUUAAACUUCAUGAGAUUAGUUGAUCUAGGAUGGCUUGUGGACUUGUUUAGAUUACGUAGUAUGCCCGAUCUCGUCUAUGAAUUUUAUUCAAAUUUAUUUCAAGAUACACUGGAGCUGCGUAAAAAUGAGAAGGAGGAUCGUAACGAUUUCGUUUCAAUUUUGAUAAAAUUGAGGAACGAUGAAAAAAAAAACAACAGUCGAGUUGAAUUAUUUACGGACGAUGUCUUAGCUUCAAACGCAUUUAUAUUUUUCGCGGCUGGCUUUGAAACCACUGCAUCUGCAAUGAGCUAUUGCCUGUACGAGUUAGCUUUGAAUCAAGACAUUCAAGUCGAAUUACGAAAACAGAUCCAACAUACACUAAACGAAAACGAAGGGAUUCUUACUUACGAUGUGAUAAAAGAUAUGAAGUAUUUGGAUAUGGUGUUGAAUGAAACGUUGAGAAUGCAUCCACCUGGGCCUGGUCUACUGCGAGUGUGCACCAAAAAGUUUAAAAUACCAGACAGUGACAUAACAUUGGACACCGGUAUGAAAGUGCUUAUACCAACAUAUUCGCUACAUCACGAUCCCGCGUAUUAUCCAAAUCCCGAAUUGUUUGAUCCCCUGCGGUUCACAGAGGACAAUAAAGCUUCGAGACCAAAUGGAACGUUCCUCCCAUUUGGCGACGGACCUAGGAUUUGUAUAGGUCUGCGAUUCGCACUGAUGGAGGCCAAAACAGGACUAGCAGAAAUAAUAUCGAAAUUCGAAAUAUUUCCGUGUAAAUAUACAAAAAUUCCCAUUAAAUUAAAUCCAAGAUCUAUUCUACUAACACCAAAUGAACCAAUAAGUUUAUUGUUUAAACAAAUUGUAUGA